AUGGUUCUGGCCGAGUUGGGAGAACAGAUCUCAGGCGCCUUGAGGCGCCUGCACACAGCGACUGUGGUCGACGAGCAGGUCGUGCAGGAGUGCGUCAUGGCUGUGUGUCGCGCGCUGCUCCAAGCAGACGUCCACGUCCGCGUCGUCCAGCAGUUCAAAGCCUCUGUCACUGCAGGCAUCAACAAUCGUCUCGCUUCGCACUCUCAAGCCUCUUCUUCUUCCUCGUCGUCCUCUUCGUCCGCUUCUCAGAAGACUGCUUCGGGAGGCAAAGGAACCGCGGGGCAGUCAGCUGCGGGAGCAGGUCCUUCAGGUCCCUCUGUGAAGUUCGACGUUGUCACAGGCGCCACCACAGAGGCUUCUGGGACAGGCGCGAGCAAAGACAGUUUUCGGGAAAUCAACACUCGCGCCGCAGCAGUUGGAGUGAACUCCAGAAAAAUCAUCCAAAAAUGCGUUAUUUCGGAGAUCGUGGCUAUGUUGACACCGGCGCGUCAGCCGUACGUCCCGCGCAAGGGCGCGACGAACGUCAUCAUGUUUGUCGGCUUGCAAGGAAGUGGAAAAACGACAACUUGCACAAAGUACGCGCACUACUACCAGCGAAAAGGCUGGCGUGUUGCCCUCGUCUGCGCAGAUACGUUUCGAGCGGGUGCCUUCGAUCAGUUGAAGCAGAACGCGACGAAGGUUCGCAUUCCUUUCUACGGAAGCUACACGGAGGCAGAUCCUGUCAAGAUCGCGGAGGAAGGUGUAGAGCAGUUUCGCAGAGAGAAAUAUGACAUGAUUAUCGUCGACACAUCAGGGCGCCAUAAGCAAGAAGCGGCGCUCUUUGAUGAAAUGAAACAAGUUGCCGAGGCUGUUGAUCCGGACGACGUCGUGUUCGUCAUGGACAGCCACAUUGGACAGGCCUGCUUUGACCAGGCGCAGGCGUUCAGCGACAGUGUCGACGUCGGAAGCGUCAUCGUCACCAAACUCGACGGGCAUGCAAAAGGCGGCGGCGCCCUCUCCGCCGUCGCUGCGACCGGUGCCCCCAUCAUCUUUCUCGGCUCUGGCGAACACUUUGACGACUUUGAGGCGUUUGAGGCAAACUCAUUUGUCUCGCGACUUCUUGGUCUGGGAGAUGUUGGUGGCCUCUUCUCGACGCUGAAGGAGAUGGUUAGCGUGGAGAAGCAGCAAGAGCUCAUGGAUCGUCUCAGCAAAGGAAGAUUCACUCUCGAAGACAUGGGCGAGCAGUUCCGGAAUGUCCUCAAAAUGGGUCCGAUCAGCAAGGUCAUCAGCAUGGUGCCUGGCAUCGGUAGCAAUUUGAUUUCGAAGAACCAAGAGCAAGCAGGCGUCAUGCGAAUCAAACGCUUUCUUUGCAUUAUGGAUUCGAUGACUGAUGAAGAGUUGAAGUGUGAGAAGCAGUUCACAGAUUCUCGCAUUGUCAGAGUCGCCCAGGGGUCAGGCACGACUCUCGAAGAAGUGAAACUGCUUCUCGAGCAACACAAACAAUUCAGCAAGAUGGUCGGCAAGAUGGGGAAGAUCGGCUUAACAAAGGAGAGCGCGCUGCAGAACAUGAUGAGGAAUCCUCAGCAGAUGAUGAGCAAAGUUCAAAACAUGCUGGAUCCGAGAAUUCUCAAACAAAUGGGUGGCGCCGGGAACAUGGUGAAUCUGCUGCGAGAGCUCCAGUCGAACGAGGGCAUGGAAGGCAUGCAGGAAAUGAUGAAGCAAAUGGGCAUGGGCGGAGGCUUCAGAGGCUUCGGAGGCGGCCGACGCUGA